UAAUUUUUAAUUUUAUUUUGGGUUUUUAAUUGAGGUGCUUUCAACAAACCAAAAACGGAACUGAAACCAAAGACGAAACAGAAACGAAGCCUCUGGUUUUAGUAGAAAUAGCUUUCUCUCUCUUCUCUUUGUUAAGUUGAUAAUUCCCUGAGUUUUGAGAUGAUCCUUGAAACGUGAGGACUGAUUUGGAUUCAUUAGCAUAUGCAAAAUUGGGCUUUUUCGUUAUCUUUCAUCAGCUAAAAUAUCAUCAAUUAUCAAAUACACUUGCUUUUGCUAUUUCCUGAUUUGGAUACAAGGGAUAAGGCGUGAAAAUUUUCAAAGCUUAAGCAAUAAUAUGGGAUAUCUGAAUUCCGUUUUGCAAUCUUCAAGCCAGGUUCAUGCUGAAGAUGGACCGGUUAGCGGCGGAGGCCUUAGUCAGAAUGGAAAGUUCAGCUAUGGCUAUGCAAGCUCUCCUGGGAAGAGGUCUUCAAUGGAAGAUUUUUAUGAAACAAGGAUUGAUGGUGUUGAUGGAGAGAUAGUUGGUCUUUUUGGAGUCUUUGAUGGUCAUGGAGGUGCACGGGCAGCUGAAUAUGUGAAGGAAAACCUUUUCAGUAAUUUAAUCAGCCAUCCAAAGUUCAUAUCUGACACCAAAUCUGCUAUAGCCGAUGCAUACAACCGUACAGACUCUGAAUUUUUAAAAUCAGAAAAUAACCAGAACAGGGAUGCUGGUUCAACCGCUUCUACGGCUAUACUUGUUGGUGACCGUUUACUAGUUGCAAAUGUUGGGGAUUCCCGAGCUGUUAUCUGCAGAGGAGGAAAUGCUAUUGCCGUGUCUCGCGAUCAUAAGCCAGAUCAAAGUGAUGAGCGACAACGGAUUGAGGAAGCAGGAGGAUUUGUCAUGUGGGCUGGAACUUGGAGAGUGGGAGGUGUUCUUGCUGUUUCUCGUGCUUUUGGCGACAGGCUCUUGAAGCAGUAUGUUGUUGCUGAUCCAGAAAUUCAGGAGGAAAAGAUUGACAACUCUCUUGAGUUCCUUAUUCUUGCAAGUGAUGGACUGUGGGACGUUGUUUCAAAUGAGGAGGCUGUCGCAAUGAUAAAGCCAAUACAGGAUCCUGAGCAGGCAGCAAAGCGGCUUAUGCAAGAGGCAUACCAGAGAGGUAGUGCAGAUAAUAUCACUUGUGUCGUUGUCCGUUUCUUGGCCAAUCAAGGGGGUUCUUCACGGAGUGUUUCUUCUGCGGCGAAUCAAGGGGGUUCCUCACGUAGUGUUUCUUCGGCGGCCAAUCAAGGGGGUUCCUCUCGUAGUGUUUCUGCUUAAGCAUCCCUUCCCAGCAUCGUUUUAGGUUUGGUUCUCUAGCUGACAGAAAAGGGAGGUGAAACAAACUUCAUUAGUAACAGCUAGUCAUAGAAAACCAUAACAGUAUGGUAAUGUGUAAGGAUAGAAACAUGAACAAAAAUGUGUUAGGCUGCUGAUGUCUCUUUCAUCUUUUCAGCCUCUAGAGUAGAACUGCAUCCGAGUUUAGCUUUUCCACUUUCGGUCUUGCACAUAGUCGGAACCGAUAUGCACGUGUGAAUUUGUAAUGAGUCUCAAGACUAAGUCCACUUCUGUAUGCUGUAAAUGUAGCAAAACGUCCUUCUCUUGUAGUUGUUUGUGAUGUUCCUAUCUUGAUCCAUAGACUUUCUCAGCAA